CCACAUUGUGUUUGUUGCCAAAACUGUAGGAAGGGUUUACCUAAACCCAAACCCAACCUGGUGAACAGUGUAGCAUGUUUAAACCCGAACCCGGCCCAAAAUCCGUCAACACGGGUUUUACCCACGUUGACCGGGUUGGUUCGGGUUGGUACCUGUGGGUUCGGGUUUCGUUUCCAUCCCUAGUCGGGAAAGCCUCCUCAGAGUCGUCCGCGAGGGUGUAUGUUGUCUUGACUGAGAAUUGCCCGUCACCCGCCAAAUGCGCACGUCCUCCUCGAUCUCCGUUGGGAUGUGGUUAAGCUCCACCUGUGCAACCACAUGAGCAGGUAAAUAAACCCUCAGGAAAUCAGUGUUCCACCUACCAUUCAAGACAAACUCCGCCACCGGCAUGUUGAGAAAAUCUUGAGGAAUGGAAGGUGCAAGUGCUCGUAAUGGUUCUGCAUCCGUGAGCCUACGGUCACUCCAAAAGCGUACCGUUCUCCCAUUCUUGAUAUUUCACGUUGUGCCUUCUUCAAUUCGGUUCCAAACUCUGAUUACUCCUCAUCAUAAAUUGGAGAGGCGUCCUUGCCGCCUGGGCACCCACCUAUCCGGUGUUUGUCGUAGAUAUUUUGCGCGAAUGACCCUGGCCCAUAGUUCAGUUGGCUGGUUAAGCAGCCUCCACACCACCUUCAUCAUAUAGGCUUCAUUUGUUCUAACUGAAUCCCGGAGCCUGAGGCCUCCUUCCUCCUUCAGACGACAUAUAGUUGCCCAUUCGGCCAGGUGAAUCUUCCUUCCACUCUCCGUGCUCCCCCAUACAAACCCUCGAAUUUUCUUGUCAAUAUAAUCAUGAAAACUCGGGGGGAGUAGCAAGGUUUGCAUGGUGUACGCCGGUAGUGAGGAGAGGACGGAUUGUGCCAAGGUCACUCAAGCCGCCAGGGAUAUGGUUGCGCCUUCCACCCUGCAAGACAAGCAUCAAUACGAUCAAUCAGGUUAGUAUAAAUGGCCUUGGAGACUCUGUCGUGGAUGACUAGAACACCCAGGUUCGCAGUUUCCGUGAUUCCCAUUGCAGCAAUCAAUGGCGCACGCUGUUGAUGUGUAACAUUGGCGGAGAAAAAGAUCAGCGGCUUGGGUUUGCUAAUCUCAUGUCCGGAUGCAGCGCCAAAGGUCUUAAAGAAUAAAUUGAUUGCAUUCACUUUCUCCAUGGAUGCUCCACCAACAGGAUGAGAUCAUCUCUAAAAAAAUAGGUGUGAGAGAGCAGGACCAUGGUGGUCAGCUUGAUCGGCUGCCUAGUCCCUGUCCUCACAGAGUCUGUGGGAAACACAUUAAUUGUCGUUUUUCUUAUUAAUUCGGAUUAUUGUCGGUUUUAAGGUUUGGGGUAUUUGGGAAUAAACAGGGAGUUGAUUGUUAUGUUUCAUUAGUUGGGUAGUUGAUAGGGAUUAGGCGGAUUAUAUAAUCUGUACUAGGGCAUUAUUUUUCAUUAAGCAAUUACAGAACUAAAACCUAAAUCCUAAUCUUCCUCUCUCUCUCUCUCUCUCCUGCGCCGACUUCCCCUCUCUCUUCCCUCUCUUUUCCCCUUCUUGUUCUCAAAUUCCCAUCUCCUAAUCCCUAGUUAGACCAAUCCCUAAUUGAUCUAGCUAAUUUCACCAAUUCCCAAACACGUUAGGAACCUUGUUUCUAACAUCUGGUAUCAGAGCAAGGUUCGAGAGUGAGUUCUUUGAGCUCUUGAACCAGGGAAAACAACAAUGGUGUCGACGAAAUCCAUGAAGGCAGUGGAGAAGGCAGCUCAGCCAGCAGAGAGGAACACCGAGGCGGGCGAUGUUGAUCUCGACGGGGUGGUGAUGGAGGACGUCACCGAGCUGGAGGCGGUGAAACUGGUGGUGCACGAGCACUCUGAUGCACUGGCUCGGCUCGAAGUAGGCCUGGCAAGGGUGCAGGCUGACGCGAAGGAGGAUGCUGAUGAUCUGCGACAGAGGCUGGAGGACCUGAUGUGGGCGAUUGCCUCGCUGCAGGAAAAGGGGGACAGAUCAGGGGGAGCUCCGAUUCCGGCUGAGUCGGCGAGCGGAGGAGGCGGCGCGACGGGGGCUGCGGAGACGGCGGCGACCGCGGCGGGCGAGGCGGCUGUCGGCGGGACCGCGGCGACGCCGGCGGGCGCGGCUCUCGCGAAAGAUGGCGGCGGGGCGAGCGCGGCGGCGCCGGCGGCUCUGGCCGGUGCGUCGAUCGCGAAGGCCGAAGGAAGCAGGGCGGCGGACACCGGGCCGGGCCGAGCUGACCGAACUGCAGUAGGGUUGGGCUUGGGUCUGUUACCGACGCCUACGGCCCAAGAGAUUGCGGCUCGGAAGGGAAAGGCUAAGAUGCCCGGGUAUGACACAGACGGGCCGCCUAUGGGUAAUGGGCCGGGACCGUUGAGCCACUACACGAAGGUCGAUAACGGGCUGGGAUGGUUGGAUCUGGAAGAUGGGCCCGAGUAUCACAAACUGAGCCUGCGGAUCAGCAGGCCCAGUGGGCUGAACCGGAGGUGGACCUGAGGCGGUCGGGUGGGCCGAGGAGGGCCGGUGACCAGAUGGGACAGGGAGGGUCGGCUCCAAUGGGGCGGACCGCAACGGACUGGGCAGGAGCGGGUCGAGCCGAUACCGGUCGACUGGGAUCGGGCGGACCGACGCGGAUUGGACCAAGUUGAGCCGAACAGGACCGGAACGGGUCGACCGGAGGUGGGUCGAACCGGACAUCGACCGAGCCCUACUUCUCAGCCGAUUAGGAGGGUGGACAUCAGGGGACCAGUAGGCUGGGAGGGACCUUACGAGCCACUUCACGCUCCAGGAGGGUACCCGAACCAACAAGGGAGCUACCCGGGUGAUUAUGGGCACGGAAAUCCGAGCCAGAUGUAGUGCG